AUGCCAGGAGAGCGGCCCCCAACUUUGCCCAGAGACUUACAGCCCUGCCAAAUUGCCAGGAGUCUAGGGUGCCCCUCUCAGCACCCCCUCAAGGACCACGGCUCUGCCAGCAGGACCACCCACGGCAUGAGAGAUGAUGGCAGCAAGGCCCAAGGUUCCCCGGAAGCCCAGCUGAGUCAGGCCAAAGAUGUGGAGCAAGAGGACCUGAUCCUGAGAGUGCAGGCCCCAGCAGCACGGAGCUGUACACAUGUUUACCCAUGGCCGGCCAGCAGGAUGGAGAGCGGCCACCCCCAGCUCCACAGCCUGAGUCCUUCGAGGAUCAGAUGCAUCCUGGGUGAGCCGCUCAAGGAUCUGCAUCAUGAAGCCCCCCAGGUGUCAGAUACCAAGGUUCCUCAAGGCCAAAAGACCAGAGCCCGCCACAGGCCUGGCAUCCCAAGGGCCGAGGCCCUGCCCUCCCCAGAAGAGAAUAGCUCCCAAAGGUGCUUUCAGGAGGCCUCUUCCAGCUUUACCUCCACCAACUGUACCUCACCAAGUGCCACCCCCGGGUCCUUACCCCGGAGGGCCCCCCAGAGCGAUGGCACCAGCCCCCAUAGGCAUGCUUCUGGCACUAACCUCCAGGCCAUUGGGACCAACCCCUGGCCUCCUGCUGCUGAAAACAGCUUCCCAGGUGCUAAUUUUGGGGUCUCCUCUGCAGAGCCCAAGCCCUUCCCUGAAGGCAGCAGGCCUAGCAGCCCCCAGGGGGUCUCUGCCCCCUACCCCUUCCCUGUAGAGACAGUCCAGCAUGAGAGGACAGCUGGGACAAUGUUGUUCACCUUCCACCAGCCCCUGGUAGCAUGGUCUGAGGAGGCCCUGGGUACAAACCCUGCCUACCCAUCCCUGCCUUGCAACCCAGGCCCGUCAGGGGGAGCCAGCGCUCCCAGUGAUCUCGGAGGCGCCCUCUCACCACCUGGUGCUGCUCGCUUGCUCCCGAGCCCCUUCCAUGAUAGUUUGCACAAAAGCCUGACCAAAGGCAUUCCUGAAGAGCUCCCUCCCACUCACGAUGGGCUGGGGAGCCCCAGAGGCCUCCCAAAUCCUCCACCCCAGAGGCACUUUCCAGGGCAGGGGUAUGGAGCGAAUGGGGUGGGUACCAGCCCAGCAUCGCUGGACACAGAGCUGCCCACUCCUGGGCCACCACCCACCCAUCUGCCCCAGCUGUGGGAUACAACAGCAGUUCCUCCUUACCCCACGUCUACCCUGGACCCCGCAGCUGCUGCCAGGACUGCCUUCUUUGAAAGCCAGCAGCAGCUCUGCCUCCCCCACAGUCCCCCGCUACCCUGGUCCCCGGUGCUUACGACCCCUGGGCCGAAUUCCCACCAAAUGGGGGUACUGAGCCGACUGACCUUCCCCAGGGGGUCUUCUGAGUGGCAGGGGGACAGCCCAGGAACCCUGGGUACUUUGAAUACAAUCCCCAGGCCUGGAGAGUCAGCUCUCAGGAGCAGCCCAGGCCAGCCAAGCAGUUCCCCAAGGCUGCUAGCCUAUGGUGGGCUGAAGGACCCUGGGACACAGCCCCUGUUCUUUGGGGGAGCCCAACCCCAAAUGUCACCCCAGGGGGCCCUCAGCCUGCCCCCACCUAGGGUGGUGGGGGCUUCACCCAGUGAAUCUCCUCUUCCCUCACCUGCGACCAACACAGCCAGCAGCAGUACCUGUUCAUCCCUGUCACCACCCUCAAGCAGCCCAGCCAACCCCAGCUCUGAAGACAGCCAGCAGCCUGGACCCCUCAGGUCCCCAGCCUUCUUCCUGCCUCCCACCCAUUCCCAGGAGACCAGCAGCCCCUUCCCUUCCCCAGAGCCCACAUACACCCUCCCCACACGCUAUCAAUCCGAGACAGCCAAAGCCUUCCCUCUCCCCACAGAGGGACCAGGGGCUGAGGAUGCCUUCAAGAGCCAGGAGGGAGCCCCAUUCUCCCACAAGAGCCCCUUGCUGUCACCUCCACCGCCACCGCCACCUUACUCAGCCCAGCACUUCUCCCUGAGCAGCGCCAGCCUGGACCAGCUGGAUGUCCUACUGACCUGCAGGCAGUGCGAUCGAAACUAUAGCAGCCUCGCGGCCUUCCUGGAACACAGGCCACUCUGCAGCCUCCUGUUAACCAAGACCAAGGAUGGCUCUCUGCAGCCCCCAGGGCUCCCCACACCCACCACCACCUCAAAGGCACCCACCGAUGCACACUCGGCCUUGCUUGAACACAACCAGACUGUCCCCUUCCUGCUAACCAGAGAUGACCCAGCUGUCACCUCCUUCCCACUCCCCACCUCGGACCUUGACAUGGAAGAUGACGCUAAGCUGGACAGGCUCAUCACCGAGGCUCUCAACGGCAUGGAGUACCAAUCAGAUAAUCCUGAGAUAGACAGCAGCUUCAUUGAUGUCUUUGCUGAUGAGGAGCCUUCAGGCUCCAGGGGGCCCAGCACUGGGCAUCCUCUCAACAACCAGGUGGGAUCAAUUUCCAAGAAUGGUACCCAGCCCCAGCUCCCAUCCAAAGCUGCUGUGCCAGAACCCCAAGCCCCCUGCACUGGAAACAGGAGCCACCCAGCCCGAAACAGGCCCAAAACCCGUUCCCUGGGCCUUGCAUCUGCAGAGGCAGAUGCGACCACCCUGGUCAGGCAGCAGAGGAGAGGGAAGCAAUUCAAGUUGUUUCUGAAAGAGCCCGGUGUGGCCAAAGGUACUAACAGUCAGGCCAAAGCCAUCUGCCUGAGGCCAAGAAAGAAGGGCCACAGUGCAGAACGUCCCCGGCCCCAGGCUCGCAAAAGUCAGACUCGCAAGGGCCACACUCGUGCAGAUCACAGCAUCUCCAGAGCCACCUCCAAAGAGAUGCGGAGCUCCAAGCACCUGCAGCUGCCCUCUGGGAAGGACUCCAGGAAGAGGAGGGGGCGGGGCGGCUCCUGGAGCAAGGAACUCAUCCACAAGAUAGUGCGGCAGAAAAACAGGCGCCAUGGGCAGCAGGCACCACGGAACCAGGUCUCCCAUGUCCCCCCGCCGCCUGGAAGGCCACCUAGCACCCAGGAGGGCAGGCUCAGCGGGCAAGGCUGUGCCUCUGAAUCUGAGGAGGAGGCUGGUAUGCAGCAGCGGCGGGAUUUGGGGGGUCCUGCCCAAGGCUGUUCCCCCCACAGCCGCCAACGGUGGCGCCAGGGCAAGAAGAGGAAGAAAGAAGAUUUGACCCAGAACCCAAGGAAGGUCAUGCGGCAGGAGGCUGGUGAGAAUGGGGGCUCUCCCACUCCAAGGACGCGAAGCCUGUUGCCGAGUUCAGAUGCUGGAGAAGUCUCUGUGGAAAGAGGACUUGAGCAUCGUGGCCAUCCCAUAAUAGCCCCAAAACAUCCUCCCCAGGUCCUCGCCACCACCAAGACCCAGGAGAAAAACCAUGCGGCCCUGGACUUCCCCCGGGAGGGCGAGAAGCCUGAAGUUGCUGCUGACGCCACUGAGCUCAGAGAGAGACCCAGUUCUCCAGCUCACUGUGGUGGGGAAAGCCCCAGACCCGCUGCUCCAGUGCCAGCACGGGCUGGCAGUCCAUCAGGGAGCCACCCUGAAACACUAUUGGGAAACAGCAUGCCAGUACCAGAUGCAGGCUGUCUUCUGGGCACUUCUGGAUGCGUGAAGCCCCCCACUUUGCAUACCAGAGAGGACUCUGCCUCCCAGCCUGGAAGGUGCCUGGUACCCAUCGAUAAGGUGGCAGACAUGUUCUACACUGAAUCUAGCCUCCCGGUUUUCAAGAACUCGAGUCCUGGUUGUGACCCUGACCACUGUGACAGGCACUCUAUAGAGUGUCCAGCUGCCAAAAGAGGACCCCCGCCUAACAGUGACACCUCCUGUGAAUUGUUCCUUGGAUCCAAGGAUCUAGCCUACUGUUUCCCUGAUGAUCUGUACACCAAGCCUUUAGCUAUGGACCCAAUGGCUGCCCGAAGCUGCUACCUUAGCCAGGACGGUAUGGAGACCCUUGAGUCAACACCACCCAAGAGUCCACCCUACCCAGUUGAAACAGACCCAGGGAAGGUGCAUUCGCCACUGACCUUAGAGUCCACAUCCCUGUUUGCAGGGCUGCCUGAGGACGGAUUUGACCCACCACUCUAUGACAGCUUGUCAGCAAACAGGGUCACCCAUGGACCAUUGGCAGGUCCUGACCCUCUCCCUAAGAAACCUCUGGCAGAUCCUCUGUACCCGCCAUUCUUGCUGCUGGAGGAAAUUUCUCCAGUGCUGCCUGGCUCCUUUCCUGGUCUCUCCAAGGGAAAGACAGACAACAAGCAGUGUCCCUCAGAACAGACGGUGCCUCCCCGCCCUCUCACUGUGCCUGAAAAGGGAAGUGAAUGUAGCCUUACCCUUACGAGCAAUCUGUGUGAGGACGAACUGGAGAUCAAAAGAUUGGUGACUGAAUUAGAAAGCCAACUGCAGGGGGGAAGGAGCACAGUGAGGACCUCCAGAGAACCGGAGGAAGCUACACAGGAAGGCAAGAUGGACACAAGCCCAAAGCAGGCCUCCCUUCUACCCACAAAUCCAGCCACCUCACCCCAGAGGGAGCCAGCAGAAGACAUUACAGGUCUUGAGGGAUCGAGUUCACAGCAGGAAAGGGCCCUGAAGAACCCCCAGAAACAGUGGCCCUACCCAGCUUCCUGCCACACAGAAAAAGCAGCACGUCCCCGUGGUAUCCAGGAGAACCCAGGAUCCGGGGCUCCCCUCAGCCUGGAAGGAUUCACACUCAGUCUUCAGAGAACGCGGGAGACCAUUAUCCCCAAUGCAGACAGUCAGAUCCCCCUAAGUGACCACCUGCCUGACUCCAGCAACCAACAGGUGGCCUUGCCGCAUGCGGGGAGUUUAACCAAGGACAGCCCGAAGCAUGGGCUUUUGUUUCCUAAAAAUAAUGAAGCCCCUGGGACCCAGAACGCGAAUGCCCCACUGCUGCUUCCUGGUAAACACACAAGAGGACAUUCUCUGGACCCAUUCUGUGAGGCCCAGGAGCCCUGCCCAACUUCCCCUGCACAGGAAGGAUUCAACAGCCCCAGUACCCACCUGGCCCUAGAACCCAACUUGAUACUUAAGAGUGAUGAGGAAGUCACCUCCCUUCCAAGUGCCAGUCUCAGCCAUGGCUCUAAGGGACACCCUGAAGACCAGGCAGGGAGUUGUAUAGGAGCUGUGCUUAACAAGCCUGUUGCCAAGGACCUGGGCUUCAAGGAGGUGUCUGCACCUGCAGGGACCUCUCCACGAUCCACCCUUCAAAGUGGUGGUAGGGCUUGGUCUCAUCCCGUGCCAGAUCCUCCCUGGGAGCCCAGUGCCAGCAUUGGACAGAGGCACCAGGAACCAGCCUGCUGUUCUUUUCCUCUGCGUCAGGUCCUGGAUGCUACAGCCAAGAGCAAAGAGAAUACCCAGGGCCUUCAGCCUGGGGACCCCUCAGUGACAGGAGGGGCCAGUAUGAAAGAGGAUUCCUCAAGGGCUGUAAACAUGUCAGCUCUUCCUGCAAACAUCCAGAAGCAGCUGAGGUCCAAGGCAGAUGGACGUCUUGGCUCACCUGGUCAACCUGAAAAGAUCAAGGGCCAGGGUCAAGCCAACAGACUCCGGCCAAAAAGCUGGAGGAGCCUGGGGGACCCAAACACGCUCACCAAGGUCAGUGCCCAUUUGGAAGCUAGGCCGGCCAGGGGCAGAAGGCCACGCCAGGGGAACAGAGCAGCCCGGGGCCUUAGGAGACAAGCACUGUUCUCCACCAGCCCCACCGACCCUGAUAGCACAUCCUUGCUUCCAAUCCAGAAGGCUUGCCCUCUCCAGAAGGAGCCUGCAGAGAGAAGCCCAGAGAAGGCAGCCAGCCCACAGCCAUUGUUUAGCCAGGAGAAUCCCACUCCCUCUGAUAGAGACCUGGCCACACGUGUCUUCUCCACCAGGCCCCAAGCCACACCUACUCCCAGUGACCUUGAGCCGAUGCCCCAGGAAGACCCUGAGACCAGAGUCAAGCCUAGUAAGCCACCAGCACCUUCCUCCCACAGAGACCUACCCAGCCCCGAUCAUCAGCCAACCUGUCCUGUCUUGGUACCUCUGGGUGCCAGUUAUGGCCUAACCACCAAAGAUGCUGAGCCCCCAGCAUCCCCUACACUAUUGGUAACAAGCUGCUGUGGCCCUGAAGAGCCUUUAUCCCAGCACUCUCUGCUGGGGACCAGCAGUCCCAAGGACCCUCCCGUAGGCUCACUGGGCUCCAUCAGUUUCUCGGCCCCUGUAUUACUAGAGAGGAACAGCCCCAAGGGCAUCACAGUAAGAACAUUAGAAGAUUCUGGAAAAGAGGAGCUGAGGCUAUCUCCUGCCCAUUCCUCCGCUCCUCCCCUAGGGGAUCCCAGCUCCCCUAAAAUGACCAUCGAAGCUGCCCCUCUGACCAGCAUUGCCCCCAAAGAUGGCCUAGAUUCAGGUGAGACACUUGAGGUGCCAGCCCCCCACUGCAUGGGAGCCCCAUCCCUCAGCAACCCAGAAAGGACAUACUACAAGGGCCCUUCCUUAGGGCCCGAGAGCAGCACUCCUUGCCCUGGCCACAGGGAAGGCCGCGGCAUUAUAGCUGUGCCCACAGACCUUGCCACACUGGAGACUACAGGGCCAGACUCUCAAAUCUGCCAAGAUGGGGCAGACGUCAGCAUCAAGGAACAGGACAACCCAGAAACACCUGGGACAAGACACUGCAAUGUGACAAAGGUAGCCAGAGCCAGUGCCCGAGGCAUGCCCACAGGGCUCCACUUGACCCUAGAAACUCCUCUGAGUGGCACAUCCAGUGACUCCAAGUCUAACUCCCCUCAGAACCAUAUCAGUAUCUCCCAUCGCCCUCCCCAGAAGGACUCCUCCGACCCCCAAGACCAUAAACGGAGACCCCGUGGAUUGAACAAAAAGCCAGAGCAUGCAGAGCAGACCCCAGCUGAGCUACCCGAGACCUGCCAGCUCUGCUCAGCCUCCUUCCGCUCCAAAGCGGGCUUAAGCCGGCACAAAGCCAGGAAGCACCGGCCACAAAGGGAACCUAGAUCCCUGCUGAGCCCCAUGCUCGUGCCUGCUGGCCAGCCUUCAGAUCCCAUGACCAAAGCAUGCCAGACUCCUGGGAAGAAAAGCCGCAAGAUGCCUGGGAAGGGAAGACCGAGUCGCCCGGCCCUGGGGGCUGGCCGCUCUUCUGGACCACCUCCCCUCCAGGACACCAUGGGUCCUGAGAUACUAAAAAGGACUAGUGAGAAAUCUGAGGGAGCUGGGACACUAGACACUCCCCUCAGCCAGCACCCACCCACCCCAGACCUCAUUGAGCAAGGAGAGAGUGCAAAGAUUCCUGCCUCAAAACCAAGGGGAGCAGACCAACUCCAUCCCGACCAGACAGAAGUGAGGGGCAAGAGGCAAGGGGAGCCUGCCGAUUCCCCCAGCCACCCAGAGGGGAAACCUAACAGGAAAGGGGGAAAGCUGAGGGCAAGGAGGCAGAAGCAUGGUCCUAGAGGCGCUACCCACGUGACUUCAGACACACCAACCACCUGUGGCCAUCCUCUCAUUCCCCUGAGCCUCUCGCCUGAGGGAGGAUGCAGGCCAGCUGUCAGGCCUCCACCUCCACCCUCCACAGGAGGACCCAGAGCACUGGAAGAUGCUGAAGAUGUUGGCCCAGGGGCCCUGUGUACAGAGGAGGUACCAGCACAGAAGGCCCCCCAGGAGCAUCCAGUGGAACAGAAGGCCACCUGGACACAGUGGUUCUGGGGACCAGAAGAGGCCGCGGCAUCGGACAUUAGUGGAGAACCUUCACGGGCUAUUGAGAGCCAGCCUGCAGAGGACCGCACAGGAGUCAAAGGCAGGUCCGAUGUGGGUACUGGGAAAGGGACACCUGACUUACCUGACAGGACACACAGUUCUGAAGUGGACAGCACCAUCAGUAGCUACCCCAAGGUGCCUAUCAAAGACCCGGAAACCCAGAAUGGAGUCCACGGGUCAGAUGGCGCCCCUAGCCCAGAGCAAAGGGAACCUCCAGACUUGUUCGAUGAUGACAUCUCCUUCUCUCAGCUCUUCCCCCUGGAUGGCCGCCUCACUCAGAAGAACCUACGCGUCUAUGGGAAGCGCUGCAAAAGGUCAAAGUGCCCAUCACCGAAGGAGCCCAUCGCUGAGGUGAUAAACAGUGUCUCACUCAGCUCCACGCGCCUGCCCACCGAUCUCAGUGACUCGGGCUCUCUCUGCCUGUCCCGCGAGGAAGAGGAUGUGUGGGAUGAUGAAGUCAUGAGUUUGCCCGAGUCCCUCCUCCUCGAUGGCCUUCUAAGCAAUAAGACACCUGGCCUUGACCCAUGGACCCCCAGCCUCAGCCUGUGGGCCCUGGAAUCCGACAGGCAAACCAGCUGCAUGGAGGAGAAGCCCUCCUGCUUGGUGGAGAACCAAGAUGAAUGGUCAGAGCCCAUCCCGCAGCUGCACAUGGUCCCAGCAGCCUGGCGGGACCUGGAACCCUGUAGCCCAGCCUGUGAGACAGCCUCUUCUGUUGGAGACAUGAGCCCGGAACCCCCUAACCUGGAAAGGGAACAUGACAACAGGCCUCCGGGAAAUGCCAGCCUGCCCCCACUUUACGUUAAGGACUUUGAGGUUCUCAGCACCCAGCUGGAGAUACAAGACCUGUGCUUUCUGAGACCUUGUAGUGACCUUGUUGAACUCCCUAACCCAGGCGCCCUAGACUUCCAGGCCACAGCAAAUUCACAGGGCCCUCCAGACAAAAGAAUGGAGGGAACUGCCCGGGCCAGACGAGCCAAAGGCAGAGACCUGCGGGUGAAGGGCAGGAGGGCCUCCUACAAGUGCAGGGUGUGCUUCCAGCGGUUCCAUAGCCUGGGCGAGCUGGAUCUCCAUAAGCUGUCGCACAGCCCCUCGCCGCCCCCGACUUGCUACCUGUGCGUGGAGCGCAGAUUCAGCUCCCGGGAGCGUCUGCGGGAGCACUUGUGGGAGAAGCACGUGCAGGGCAAAGCAGGGCCGUGGGCCUGUGGCAUGUGCCUGAAGGAGGUGGCUGAUGUCUGGAUGUACAACCAGCACCUUCGGGAGCACGCAGCCCGCUUUGCCCGAAAUGGCCAGGCGCGGCGAGCCUUGGGAGACCUGCCCGGGUGCUUGGAAGGGGAAAGCACCCUCACGCACUUCCUGAACACCAUUGUGGAGCAAGCAUCCAAACCCCAGAGGACCAAGCGCUCGAUCGGCAAGGCCAGUGGGGAGCCAUCGGAGCAGGAAGGAGAAGCUGGAAAGAAAACCCCAAGAAGGAUGAAGCGCAAGGCACGUGCCUCGGUCACCCCCAGCCAAGAUGGCGCCGAAGGAGGCAGCCUAUCCGUUCUGACCAGCAGCUCUGCCACCUGCUCUGACUCUGCCAAGACGCCCCCCGCCCCGUCCCCAGACCCUUGGUCCCACGGCGAGUCCCCGCUCCAAGCUGUACCAGUGCACGAGGACUGCAAGGACCCCUCCCGUGACUGCCACCACUGUGGGAAGCAGUUCCCCAAGCCCUUCAAGCUGCAGCGCCACCUGGCGGUGCACAGCCCACAGCGCGUCUACCUGUGUCCCCGGUGCCCGCAGGUCUACCCUGAGCCCUGGGAGCUGAAGGUGCACCUGGGCCUGACCCACGGGGUGACAGAGGAGAAGGAGCUCCCACACAUGCCUCUCUAUGCCUGUGAGCUCUGCGCCAAUGUCAUGCACGUCAUCAGGAGGUCCUUUGUCUGCAGCUCCUGCAACUACACCUUUGCAAAGAAGGAGCAAUUCGACAGGCACAUGGGCAAGCACUUGAGUUGCGGCCUGCAGCCCUUCACACUCCGCAGUGUUAAGCGGCCAGGGGUUCCUAGGAGGAAGGCCCGUGUCUCCCAGGAUGUGCUACCCAGCAAGCAGCACAGGUUGAUGGCGCCCUCCAGCCCCCCUGAGCUCAGCACUGACAGAAUCCCCUCCACAACCAGCCCUACACCAAGUGAGGUGUCCCUUCCUACACUGCCCCUAGCGCCUAGCCUCAUCCUGGACCAGCCCAGUUCUCAAGAGAACCCUGUGGACCAGGCAGACCACUCACCCAGGGGGAACAACCUACCACUGAGUGGCCAGGAUCUUCCACCUCCUUCUCUGUCUUCUUUCUCAGCUGCCUCAGCUGAAGGUACAGGCGGCUGCUGCAAGCUGAACAGAACCCUGGAGAAACCAGAACACGAGGCUUCCUUGGGAAGCCUUGAGCCAUGUAAAUGGCAGACUCUGGUAGGGGGAAAGAGGGCCCUUCAGCUGUUCCCAGGAAAACACAAGAGUCCAGGCAACGGAGACAAGUGUGCCCCUGGGUGUUCCCCAGGGGACCCCUCUCAGCUCCAGGAGAGGCUAGUGACCACACACCACAUGGCACCUGACGGGAGAAUAGAGGGUCCCUCCCAGAAGGGCAAUGCCACCAAACCAGGAGCCUACUCAAGUACCUCCCAUCACAGAGCAGCAGAGCCCACCAAGAAAGCACUGAAGCCACCAGUACCACCCCGAAAACCAGGAGGGAUGGGGAUCCCAGCCGGAGAGCUGGUCUUGAGUCCUGAGGACAGGGUAAAGCCCAACACUUCUAAAAGUAAACUGCGAGCCAGCUCUCAGAGCAGUGGGGGGCUCCAGCCUGGCACUCAGACUGGGGGUGGCAGCCAGCCCCAGCCAACCAGUGGGCAGCUCCAAAGUGAGAUGGCCUCCACCCCUACUGAGCCCAGCUGUCCUAGCUGGGCGAGCUCCACCCCGGACCAGCCCCCACCUCGAGCUCACACCAAGGGUAGCACCAGGGGGCCUGGGGAUGCUGUUCAUCAGGGGGUCCAAGUGCAUUCAAGUCCCAGGGAGAAAAGAGAAAGCCAUGGAAGACAAAGGAAGGGCCAGGCCCUGGGACUGGGCAGACAUGGAAGCGUGGGAAACACUGGGAAAGCCCCCUCAGCCCCCGACAAGUCAUCCAGGGCCCCCCGAAAGCAAGCAACUCCCAGCCGAGUUCCCCCUGUCAAGUCGAGACCCAGUGGCCAGAGCAGCAGGGUGAGGCCACAGCCAUCAGCACAGCAGAAAGGGGAUCCAGGCCACACUUCAGAAAAGGGCUCUUUGCCUCAGGCAAGAGCCCUGUCCAGGCCCUACAAAAGGGUCAGAGCUCUCCAUGGCGGUGGUGUUGCACCUAUGGAGCCCCGAGACCGCCGGACUGCAGAAGCCCAGAGCGACCUCCUCAGUCAGCUGUUUGGACAGAAGCUGACCAGCUUCAAAAUCCCUCUGAAGAAGGACAGUUCCCAGUGACCCAGAAGAGAGGAUGCAUGGGUGCCCAGCUGAUGGG